UAUAAGUAUCUCCCACUUCUGCUCUUUACACAAAGAAAAUCAAUUCAUUCAAGAUCAUGCACACUUGCCAUUAUAAUCACCAGGUUUAAAUGUGUUCCUCUAACUCUUCAUAUAGCAUGAAAACUUUGGCUCUCUUAUUCAUUUUAAUUGGCUUGACAAAUUCAAGAAUAUAUAGUGCAAGUAUAAUAGGAUAUGCAGGCAGUUUUAAUGUCCUGGAUUAUGGAGCUGCUGCUGAUGGCAUUACAGAUGAUUCUCAAUUAAGUCUUCUUAUAUUUUUGUUCCUUUGUUUUGUUGUUAGCUUCCCACCCGAUGCCUGAUACCUGAAUUGGCGCCCUGAAUAAUUCGAAUUCGUGACGCAAAAGGCCUAUUAAAGGGGGAAGCGCCUCCUGGUUGGAUUUCCACUUGGUGUCCGGUAGUUGCAUUAGGGCCAUGACUAAUCCGACUUUGUGCCACAUAAGGCCUGGGAAAGCGCUCUUGGUUGGUUUCCCGCCUGGUGUCUUGUAGCUACAACAGAGCCCCGACUAAUCAGGAUUCGCGCCGCAUAGGCUUGUUAAAGGGGGAAUUGCUCCCUACUAGAAUAUUUUUUCGUACUCGAUAACCCGAGACCUCUAGUUAAGUGUGGCUAGAUCCUAUCUAUCCUAACACAACCCUUGAUUAUAUUCCUUUAUUUUCCACUAAAUAUCAAAUAUAUUUAAAUUUUUUGCUCUAGUAAUUAAUAAAUUAUUUUCUUUUUAUCCAGGCAUUACUUAAUGCUUGGAAUGAUGCAUGUUCGUCAUCAGCUGGAUCUCCUGAAGUGAUUAUUCCUCAAAACAUGAUAUUUUUUCUUAGUCCUGUGACAUUGAGGGGCCCUUGCAAUUCUGAGAACAUCUAUUUUGUGAUAUCAGGUAGACUUGUGGCACCGAGCACACCUAGUAUAUGGACCGGGCAAGAUCCAAGUCAGUGGUUGGCUUUCAGAAAUGUUAGUGGUCUAAUUGUUGAUGGCUCAGGAGCCAUUGAUGGGCAGGGACAAGGAUGGUGGGAUCAAUCAUGUAGAUACCACCCUGAAAUGGAAGGAUGCACAAAAUUAGCUCCCACUGCCUGGAAGUUCAUUUUUUGCAGUCACAGCUCCAUCAGUAACAUCUAUUUUGCCAACAGUGCCCAAACUCAUAUACUUAUAGAGAGAUGCAAUGGCUUCAAAGUGGACAAUGUAAUGAUUCAAUCUCCGGGAAAUAGUCCAAAUACAGAUGGAAUUCACAUUCAGGCUUCUCAAUAUGUGGCAAUUACAAAUUCUAAAAUAAGCAGUGGGGAUGAUUGCAUUUCAAUUGGAUAUUACACUUCUAAUGUCCAAAUAUACAACAUUCAAUGUGGACCAGGUCACGGUAUAAGCAUUGGAAGCUUAGGAAAAGGGGGAAAUGUUGCUCAAGUAGAGAACAUUCAUGUGAGCAAUGCUUUCUUCUAUGGAACCACAAAUGGAGCUCGCAUCAAGACAUGGCAGGUUGGCAGAGGAUAUGUACGAGACGUCACUUUUGAGAAUCUUGAAUUUAACUCUGUCAAAAACCCCAUCAUAAUUGACCAGAAUUACUGUGAUGUUCGAGGGGCUUGCAAGGAAAUGGCAACUGGAGUGCAAAUCAGCAAUGUUGUUUACCAGAACAUAUUUGGAACAUCGAGCACAGAUAUCGCUAUAAAUUUAAACUGCAGCAAGUCAGUACCAUGUACUGAUAUAACAAUGCAACCGAUACAACUAACAUCAGCAACUCCAGGAAGGGAGGUUACAGCUUAUUGUAGGAAUGCUUAUGGCCAAGAAUAUAGUAUCGAACCUGGUCCUUGUCCCUCACAAGUUUGAGAUUUUACUUUCUCUCAACACCUACUUUUAUAUAGGGCUAACACCAACAAUUCUGUGUUGUGCGCAUAACAAGAAAAAGGAGAGGAAAAGUAAAAUAGAAUGAACAACCUUGUCACAGUUGUAGCAUCGUAAGUAUUGUACACAAUUUUUUGUUUGGCCUUUAUUUUAAACUUUAAGCUGUGUUCUGCAAUUUUUUCUAUGUUGUACCAUUGUUGAUGUUGGAUAAAAUUAAGACAUGCAUGUGACUUA